AUGAGCCGGGGACGUGGACAGGUAACACCGAAGAAACCGAGGAAGCUGAAAAGGUGGUCCAUUUACACGACGGAUAAAAGAGGAAGAUCCUUCAAUUCCCAAUUUCAAGCUGCAAUUUGCAAUCUAUAUGAAGCCUUGGAGAAAGAACGUGAAAUUGGAGAACUUCUAGUUCCAUUAAGCAAUGUCAGACAAAGAGUUGCCACAUAUCUAAAUAUUUCUUUAGAUAGUGUGACGAAAUACGUAGCCAUUGGUGAAUCUGGUCAACCCUUUUCUACACCAGGGAAAAUUCGACCUCAUCCAGCACCAAUUCGUGAUGCACCAGAAGAAGUUAAGAAUGAUAUUUGUAAUCUCAUUUACCAAAUUUACCAGCAACGAAGGAAUGUAACAGUGGAGGAAUUAGUACGUUUAAUUAGAGAUAAGAAGAUUGCAUAUAAUGGUGGCAAGGAAACGUUACGAAAGAUCUUGCAUGAUAAAGGAUUUUCGUAUGAGAAAAGAGAUGGCAAGCGUUAUGUUAUUGAACAACCAUACAUUGUAUUCAAACGAUUAAAAUUCCUCACAGAGUAUAGGGAGAAUUUGCAAAGUUGCAACAAACGCGAGGUCGUAUUUUUGGAUGAAACGUGGACAUUCCAGAUGGGAACUGGAAAAACCAAAGAUUGGCAGUGCGAGGAUUUCCGCAGCUGUUCAAUAAAGAGUGCUGGAACAGGUUCCCGAUAUUUAAUCUGCCAUGCAGGAGGAGAAAAUGGCUUCAUUGAAGGCGCUUCAUUAUUUUUAAAUACAAAAAAGAAGCCGAAGGAUGGUGAUGACUAUCAUGGAGACAUGGAUGCUGCCAUGUUCGAGAAAUGGUUCUCUGAGCAACUAUUGCCCAACUUGAAGAAACCGUCCUUGAUAAUUAUGGAUAACGCAUCGUAUCACAAUAAAAUGAUUAAUCCACAACCUACGACUAAUUGGAAGAAGAAGAAUUUGAUGGCAUGGCUAAAAGAACGCAGCAUUCCUUAUAAUGAGCAUGAUACCAAUGCUGUACUACUCCGAAAGUGUCAGGCCCACAAAGAAAAAAUCCGGUACAAAAUUGAUCAACUCGUGGAAAAUACUCAGCACAAAAUUCUUCGUUUGCCUCCCUAUCAUUGCUGCUACAAUCCCAUCGAGUUGGUUUGGGGAAUCACUAAAAGAUACCUGGAUAAACAUAUUGGUCGUGAUAAUGAUUUCUCCGAGGGUAAUUUGUCUACAAUCUGGAAAGAGGCCUUGGCUGUUGUUGAUGCAGAAAUGUGGAGUAAAUGCUGUAAAAAAGUGGAAACGGAAAUUUUAAAGGAUUGCUCUCAACAAUUGGAUAAUCCAAAGUUUAUAGAAGAAGUGAAUAGCAGAAAUAAGAAAAUUAAAGAAGAGGAAUCUGUUGACACGGAUGAUGAUGAUGAAGAUGAAUGGGAAGAUGUACCGGAUGAAGAAACGAAGUCUCAAGAUGUUCAUGAAAUGGAUGUAGUACCAGAGCUUCGUGAGAUGGAAAUAGCUUCACAAGAAACACCCAAACUCGAGAAACAGUCAUCAGCUGUAUCAAGCAUCCUUUCUUGUAAAAAAUCUCUUUUUAAUGACUUUGACGAAGAAACGAUGGAUGAACCAUGUUCACCACCUCUUCCAAAGAUCUCACAAGAGGAAACUGAUACUGCUGCAAAUGCCAUUGCUGAUGAAUUGUAUUCAAUAUCAACAUCACCUCUUGAUGACUAUAAGGACUGUUUGGGGCCAGACGAUACACUCAUACACACGAAGGUCAAGAUGUCGGUGUAUGUACGAGAUUUGAAGACUCUCUAUCCUCCUGAGUGGUUAAAUGACCAGAUUAUCAAUGUUUAUUUGGAGAUGAUAGCAGAAAGGGGGGCACCUUCUAUCUACGCCUGUAACACUUUCUUCUUCCAGCAGCUGAUGCUUAGAGGAUAUGAAGGAGUUCAAUCAUGGACGAGAAAGGUUCGAAUAUUCUCCAAGAGAUUGAUGAUGAUUCCCAUUCAUCUAGGUGCUCAUUGGUGUUUGACAGUGAUUAAUUUUGAAAAUAAGUCCAUCACUUAUUAUGACAGCCUUUAUAGAAGAAAUGAAGCAUGUCUUUUUACUAUCAUGGAUUACUUAUGCAGAGAGCACGAAGCAGUUGAAGGGCAACCUCUUGAUCAAACUACAUGGACGAUGAACCAUGCCAAGGGAAUUCCAAGGCAAUCAAAUGGUUACGACUGUGGGGUAUUCGUUUGUGCUUAUGCUGAGCACAUUUCAAGAGAUGAACCGUUCAACUUUACGCAAAGUGACAUGAGGCAAAUUCGGGGUCAAAUGUUGGAUGAAAUCAUCACCAACAAGAUGUACUUUCCGAUUUACUUGGAGAAAAAGAAAGCUAAGGAGUUGAAAAAUCUCAAUGAAAAUGUUUCGAAUGGAUUGGAUCCUUUCGAUGAUAAUGAUGAUGCCAAAUUAAAAGAAGUAGCUCGAAAAUUUGAAGCUAAAUAUGGACCAACUCAAAUGACCGGAAAGAAAAAGAAAAAAUAUGACGAAGUUGAUCUUGGAGCAGGAUAUGAUGAGAAUGAUCCCUUUAUAGAUAAUACAGACGCGUAUGAUGAAGUUGUUCCUGAAGGAGUAAAUACUGCUUACGGAGGUUUUUAUAUUAACAGUGGACCUUUAGAAUUUAGUGUCAAAGAAACAAAUCAAAGCGAAAGUAGUGAUGAUGAUGAAGAAGAUAGUCCAGAUUCUAAACGAAGAGAAAGAGAUCUUGACACAUCAGAUGAUGAUGAUACUGAAGAAGUUCUCAACGGACCAAUAACCAAGAAAUUAAAAUUAGAUGAUAACUGUGAAAAGAAAUCUGUUUAUGAUAAUGGGGUAAAACGGAAGAAAAAAAAUCAUGAUCAUUCACAUGGUGAUAACUCAAUUAGGCAAAAAAAUGACAGUAUGGAAGUAGACAAUAGUUUUAUAGAAAAUCAAGAAGAGAGAAAGAGGCUGCAAUGUGAUGCAUCUAGAUCAAAAGAAAAAAAAUUAGCGAAAAAAAAUAUUACAAAUGGCACUGAAGAAAAGAAGGUUGAAUCAAAAAAAUGUUCCGGUAAAGAUAAUAAUAUAGAUGAUGCUAUUGAAAGUGUUGUGAAUGAUGGUAAACUUGAUGAUGAAUCUAGCCGAGACACAAUAGAUUCUGGUAAAUCACGAUGCACAGCGGGGACAUCAUCGGAAUGUGAAGAUGCUGAAAAAAUUGAUAUUCGUUUACCAGAUAAUCUUCCAGAAGAUGUAAAAGAAAUUAUUACAAAGCUUAAAAAGCAUGCUGAAAAUAGUAAAGAAGGAAAAAUAAAAUUUUUUGGUACUUCUGUUAAUGAUACAUUGUUAAGCUUAGAAAAAAAAUUACGCGCUACAGAGUCAUCAACAAUAAGGUCGCAGGUUUACGGCCACUUAGCGCAUUUCUUAUCUUGUAGUAAAAUUACGCUAGUAAGUCGUGCUAGAAAGCUUUGUCUUCAAGAUGCUGAAACAAGAGUUAAAGAACCUGUUCAAAGGUUAAAAACGAUAAUAGAUCGAAUCGUAUCGUCGCAAAGGGAUGAAGAAAAUAAGAAAAUAGCCGAUGAAAAGCUUAUUGAAGAAAGGUAUUAUAAACGAUUAGGUGGAGGUCCAAAUGACAGUAAAGACAUAAUGAAGUUGCGAUUAUGAUGAUUAUAAUUAUCUCACUACAAUAUUAUAAAUAUAUUUAUAU